ACACGUGCUCGGUGAAUGACCAAGUUUGUUUUGGUCUCGUUCACACAAUAUUAUCAAGAUUCACGAGUAGUAUCUGCCCGGUGUUGUGGGUUCGAGCACACAUUUCUGUUCCAUUAAUUUAAAACUGUUAUUGCUGGCCAUGGCCCCCGGCGUGCCCAACCCCGCCAAGAUGGCGCUUCGCGGCGAGGUGUCCGCCCGGAUCGCCGCGCUCACCGCUGAUGAGAAGAAACGACAGUCCGAGAUCAUCUUCAACAAGGUGAUAAAGCACAGCUGGUACAAGUCGUCGUCCCGGAUAGCGCUGUACAUGAGCACUGACCAGGAGGUGGACACCAUGCCGCUGAUUGAACACGUCAAGGCGCGGGGGGCGGCCGCGUUUGUGCCUCAGUACGCAGGUGGUCACAUGAAGAUGCUCCGCGUGCAGAGCGGCGACGAGGAUCAGAUGGAGCUGACGCGGCACGGCAUCGCGCAACACGCGCCCACCGCCGUCAGGGAGGACGCCUUCGACCAUGGUGGCCUAGACCUGAUCAUAGCCCCCGGGCUGGCGUUCACGCGGUCAGGCAAACGCCUGGGCCACGGCGGCGGCUACUACGACAAGUACUUGGCGAAGGUCAGAGCUGGCAGCGUGGCCACCAAGGUCAUAGCGCUGGCGUUCACCUGUCAGGUGGUGGAAGAUCUGCCGGUUGACGACAAUGAUCAGAGGAUUGAUGAGGUGAUUUCGGCUGAUUUGUAAGGCUGUGGGUUUUGGCUGUGAAAGUUAACAGGAGAUAGUCGCAUUUAUAAGAAAAUUAAGUUUGAACAUGUUUACAUACUGCAGUUUGAUAAUGGUCUAGUAUUUUAACUGCAUUUGGUAUAUAGACGAAAGGGGGUAAUGAUAAAGAACUUUUCUAGCACAAAUUUAAAAAAGUUGCUUUAAAAGUUGUUUAGAAUUAAUCCGCGUGUUGUGUGAUAUACCCUUUCGGCUUAUUAACCCAUUAUUAAUACAUUGUAAAAUAAGUAAAGAUCCUAUACAGUAUAUGUGCAUUGGAUAAUCCUGUUAUCAUAUUGUAAAUACAUUAUUGAAUAAAUUAAGUUCAAGAAAAAUAUACUUACUAUAAAAUUUCGA